GGCCGAGGAUCCCUCCGCGGCCAAGUCCCUCCCCUCUUAGCCGGAUCUAUUUUCUACUCUGUAAAGAUUAACGCCAUCAAUGAACUCUUUAAUUGAGCGCGGGAAGGCGGGUCUGGUUGUGCUUCCGCAGGGCUAAUCGUUGACGAAAGAGGGUAUAUUGGCAGGCGAGCGGACCAAUCAAAAAGAGGCAUCAGCGAGCGCGGGCCGCCGCUCGCGCAAGGAUAGAUGGGUUUUGGAGUUUUCUGUGAGCUUGUUGACGUGACAGGGUCUUGCUCGGUCUUCGCCAGCUAGAAGAACUACAGUCCCCAGCAGGCACCGUUGUGCCAGGCUGGGAUGGCUAGGGGGCCCUCCCUCCAACCUCGGUGCCUGAGCGGCUUGAUCAGAGCUGCAGCAACUGCAGCAAGAGGUAGGGCUCAGGCGUUGGGAAUAGCACAGACAGGCGGUCGCAAAGAAAGACACACAGAUAUAGUCGUGUGCAUAGCCCCUGACAGCAAAUAGCAGGUGUCACUAGUUAAAGGCAUCUGCUGAAAGAUUUGGAACAGAAGAAGGUGGCUACUCCAAACCAGCCCAACGGUAAUACAGAGUCACCAGCAGCCCUGGAGGAGGCCAAGAUCUCUGGUGCUCCUGGGAGCCCCAAAACAUCCCCUGAGCCUCAUGACCCUGGAGGUUCCCUCCCCCUGACACCUCAGAUGGAGAGCCACUCAGAGGAGGAAGAUCCUCCUGUGGCUGGAGGUGGCCUGGGCUGGAACGGUAGGGGUCCCGGCUCUCAGAGCCCAGGGGGCUGCUCAGUGGAGGCCGUACUGGCCCGGAAGAAGCACCGCCGGCGGCCUUCAAGGCGCAAGCGGCACUGGCGGCCCUACCUGGAGCUGAGCUGGGCUGAGAAGCAACAGCGGGAUGAGAGGCAGAGCCAGAGGGCCUCCCGGGUCCGAGAGGAGAUGUUCGCCAAGGGCCAGCCUGUGGCACCCUACAACACCACCCAGUUCCUGAUGAACGACCGAGACCCUGAGGAGCCCAACCUGGAUGUGCCCCAGGGGGCCUCCCACCCAGGCUCCAGCGGGGAGAGCGAGGCAGGGGACAGUGACGGGCAGGGCCGGGCUCACGGGGAGUUCCAGCAGAGGGACUUCUCCGAGGCCUACGAGCGCUAUCACACCGAGAGCCUGCAGGGCCGCAGCAAGCAGGAGCUGGUGCGCGACUACCUGGAUCUGGAGAGGCGGCUGUCACAGGCGGAGGAGGAGACGAGGAGGCUGCAGCAGCUGCAGGGGUGCACCAGCCGGCAGCCCUGGCGCCAGGUGGAGGAGCUGGCCGCCGAAGUAGAGAGGCUCCGGACGGAGAACCAGCGGCUUCGGCAGGAGAAUGAGAUGUGGAACCGAGAGGGCAGCCGCCGGGGUGGGGAGCCGGGCACCUAGGGGUGCUCCCCCGCCAGGCCGAUCCAAGGAGAAGACCCAUUUCAUGCCCACUCAGGCCAGCUGGGUCUCAGGGAGGCAGGUCUCAGCACCCUGUGCCCUCCGAGAACAGGCUGAUGUAGGUUCAGGCUUCCACCUUGUUAUGGCCACAGUUCUUUGAUGUCAUCUUAUUUUUCACAAAUUAAAUGAUUCUGGUGAGAUUA